GUAAAUACUCCUCUCUUCCUAUCUCUCCCCUUUCCCCCAAAUUCAUCAGAACCCUAAUUUCAUCGAUUCACCGGCAACACACCAUUUUCCUCGAUCGAUCAGUACGAUUCCUCUUCCGUUACAGGAGAUUGACGAUGGAAUCAUCUUCGUCUGUCAUAACGCCAGAAGAUGUAAUGGGGACACUCAUGAACGAUGGAACAAUUGAUUCCAUGAGGUUGAAAAUCAUUACUCAGCUCAAAGCUAAUGAAGAACUCAAGAAUACCACCAUAAAGAUGGUUGAGCAAAGCAGGGUCCUGAACACACCUGGUGCAGAAAAGCAGACCAAAAGGGAGCUCUUUGAUGCAUUGCGACAAGAACUUGAGACUUCAGUGCUUGAGAAAGCCUCCAAAUCGGUUUGGGAACUUAUUUUGGAUAAUAAAGGGAUAGGGAAGGAAAUAAGUGAAACAGUUGAACAAGUUUUCUGUCGGUUGAGUGGAAGAGAAGCACCAUUAUUUGUGUCGGAUUUCGGACCUCAACCAGAGAAAGGGAAAGAGAAAAAGAGCGGGCAGAAAGAGGAAAACAGUGAAACUGGGAAAGAUAAUUCUGAAUCUGCAGCAAAGAAGAGAAAGAUGAACACAGAAGAAGAGUUUGAUGAAGCUGUCUGCAAAUCUAGUGACAAAUCACCCUCAUCGGAUGAUUCUAGUAAAAUGCCGCCACCAAGUGUGAGAAGUCAAUCCACUUCCUGAAUCAACUCCAUUGUGUCUUAUCCAGCUUUUAGCGAGGGUAUUCUUUUCUCCCUGCCCUCUUGUUUGUUCGUAGAUAGAAUCUUUUUCACAUAUACUGGAUCGACAUAGUUAAUACUAAAAAGUUAUAACUUAUCCCUAGGUGUUAGCUUCUUUGAAAUCUAUGUAGCUGUAUCAUUUACUCCUGA